AGCAUUCUAAAUAAAAUUAAUAUGAACGAAGUUUGUUUUCAGAAAAGGAAAAGAGGAAGACCUCGUAAAUUAUAUGAUUGUAUAAAUGAUUAUCAUCAUGAAAAUGAAGUUCAAAAUGAUACUUUGCAAGGAAAAAUUGUUUGCUCUACUAUUUUCAAAAGAAGAUUAAGAAGACGAUCUAGUAAAAUAGCAACAUGUAGUGAUACAUUUGUAGGAAAAACUACUAAUGAUAAUACAUGUAUGGUUAAAUUACCAUUAGAUACUAAUGGUACAAUUGGAAAUAAAAUAAAUCCAGUUAACAAAGACAAUUUAAUUAAUAAAAUAGGUAGUAACCAAAGUUUACAAAAAAAUAAAAGAAGGCAAUCGAAAAUUAUACUUCCUUCAGAUGAAUUUCAUAAUGAAAAUGAACAAGAAUUACAUGUUUCUAGUGUUGAUAACUCUAUUGUUUCAACUCCAGAAAAAUAUUCAGAAAACAAAGAGGAAGACCUUCAAAAUUGA